AUGGCAAACAGUGAAGAACAAGCUGAAGAAAUAUUAGCAUUAGAAUCAAUUUUUGAUCACAAAUUUCAUUUAUUCAAUGAACAUCAAUAUGAAAUAUUAAUCGAAUUUGAUUUGCCUACAACAUUUACAAUUCGGUUCAAUGAUAAAAUAUCGUUGAUUCAAUAUUUACCACCAUUAUCUCUUAUAAUUAACUAUCAUGAUGAAUAUCCAAGUGAUGAACCACCAUCGUUUAUUCUUUCAUGUUUUUAUUUCUCAAAAAUUGACUUAAUAAAACUUUGUCAAAAAAUUGAUGAAUUUUCAUUUAUCCCAGGUGAAGUUUGUGUUUAUGAUUGGAUUGUAUUAAUAAAACAAGAAAUCACGAACGACUUUAUUAUUGGUACUGAUUUUAUAGAACAAGAAAAUGAUCCCAGAGCAUUAAAUGGAUAUAUCGUUGAAAAUGCUGAAAAGAUUUUUCAGAAUUUAAUUGAGUAUAAUCAACGGCGUGAAGAUGAUUUAUUUCGAAAUCAACUUCAAACAUGUUCUAUUUGUACAGACAUUAUUCCAGGUAUAGAUUGUAUUCGUCUUCAUCGUUGUGGACAUUUUUAUUGUCGUUCUUGUUUGAAUAAUUAUAUUCGAAUAACAUUCGAAAAUGGAAAAUUUGGAGAAAAUCUUCAUUGCCCAGAAAACCAAUGCCGUCAAGCUUUAUUGCCAACAGAAGUAAAACAAGCUAUUCAAAAUGAUGAAUUAUAUGAAAGAUAUGAACGGCUAACAUUACAACAUGGACUUGAAUCAAUGGAGGAUAUUGUUUGGUGUCCAAGAUGUCAAUCUCCUGUCGUUAGUGGUCCUGAUAGUGAUAAUUUAGCUGUAUGUGGUCUAUGUCGUUAUACAUUUUGUAAAAAAUGUAAAGAAAUUUUCCAUUCUCAGACAAUGUGUUCUAAAGAUUAUUUGAUUGAACAAAUGAAAUUACAGCGCGAAAAAGAACGUCAACGACUUAAAGAAGAAAGAGACGCUGCAUUAGCACAGAUCAACAAAACACAAACACCGAAAGAAUCUUUGAAACAGCAGCAGAUUGCUAAACAAAGAUAUUGUCAAAUAGUUAUUAAAUUAUCUGAGCAAGAUUCUCUAUUACGAGAAAUAUUAACUGCCGAACGAAUCAAUUUGCAAGGUAUUCAAUAUUGUUCUCAUUGUCAUGUACCGAUUGAAAAAAAUGGUGGCUGUUCACAUAUGCAUUGUACACGAUGCAACAAUGAUUUCACAUGGCAACUCACACAAGAACCAACUGCAUCAAUUAUUGCGCCAUAUUUAGAAAAUGAAGGUCAUAUGGAAAUUGAAUCACUUAAAGAAGAAUUUAACAAAGCAGCAUCAUUAGUCGAAAACCUACAAAUACCUUCUGAUCAAACUGGCAACAAUAACCAACAAAUAACUGAUGAAGAUUUGAACAUUUCAAUUGAUAAUCAAUCGGCGAUCGGCUCGAUUAUACUCAACCGAGUGAAAGUGUGUCCUACAAAAUCGUGUAAAAACGUUAAUGUGAAGGUGACACAUGAUAAUUGGAUGAUAUGCAGUGCAUGCAUGAAACAAUACUGUUUUCUAUGUGGGAAUACCGUAAAUGGACAGAAACAUUUCGCUAAAAAAUGUAUACGCAAUACACCCAUUUGA